GUCGUUGUUAGGGACUCCAUCUUGAAUGUUUUGUACAUGGUUCGUUUUGGUUGAAGGAAAUCACAUUGACGCUGUUUUAAGUAUUUUAUUUAUUACACUGCUGCAAAAUGGGUGAAGAACUAACAGAAUCUGAGACAUCGGUAUCAAAGACAAGAGUUAAUGAUAUUUUAAGUGAAGUAGCAGUUGCAGAAAAGAGUGAUAAAACAGCACAAAAUACUUAUAUUAUUCGACCUAAUUUUUCACAAAAGUAAGUUCUGUUUCCUGAUUGAUGAUUGUAUUAGCAUUAGUUAGAAACUAAAAUCAUAUAGAUCUACUUGUUGUUUAAAUUUAUUAUCUUCAAGAAAAUAACUUUUAAGGAUUUUUUCUGGAAAUUAAAUUUAGUAUGUGACUUUAUAUAACAAUAACAAACAUUUAUUUAACAAUUUAGUUUGAAAAGUAAGUUGCACUACAUUUUUAUUUUUAGAAAUAUUACUUAAACAAAAUAACAGACUUUCACAGUUAGUAAGGGACUCAUGACAUGGCAUGACUUACAUAUUAUCUUCAAUAAUUUACAUUUAAAGACAUUUACCAAUCCGUUGACUGAGACUGGCUUGACAAAGGAUUACUUGUAGCAAAUUAAUGUUUUUAUCAUCCCGGGUCAAGAUGACUCUCAAAAUCUGUGAAAGAGUGCAUUUGAAUUGCCAGUUUCUGUGGAAGAAUUUUUUUAGGAAAAAUGUAUAACAUUCUAAUUUUUCUGUCGCUUCUCCCUUGCGUUUAAUAGGUUUCGACCUGUUAAUGUCAAAGAAAUGAUUCACACUGUCCUUGGGGAGAAAUUAACAGGAGUUGUUUACAGUGCAGAUGAAACCACAGGUUUAACCAAAACUAUCGCAGACACUAUUAAAUCAAAAUUAAAAGGUUAGUCAUGGUUUGAAUAGAGCAUGGACAAAAAUUAAAUUUAAACUUUUAAUCAAGUGCAUUGGAUAUUUUAAAUAUUUAAAUAUCAGUUUCUUUAAAACUUCAAGUUAGGGAAGAAUUCUUAGUGAAAAGACAUAUGUUCACAAAGAAUUACUCCACACUUUCAGGGUGAAAAGACAUAAGUGCAAAAAUAAUCUCUCCACACAACCCCUAGUCCCACACAACAUUAUUUUUAUAGGGCGCCAGACUGUUUCUAAAAGUAAAUUUUUUACCUUCCACUUUUGGUUAUGCCACAUCAACUGCUGGGACAAAUAUUUAGUUAAGGGUUACUUGUGUUAUUUAACACAAUUCAUUUGUAGCCUAUCUUUAUUUAUUUUAGAUAUGGGUCAUGAAAGAUAUAAAUUCAUUGUGCAAGUUGUCAUUGGUGAGCAGAGAGGAGAAGGUGUCAAGUAAGUAUACUAAUUGCUAAAAAUCAGUAUUCAAUAGGAAAUAAGCACACAAGGUUGGGGGAACCCUGAAAAAUAGGUUUUCCCUACCUUAAGAUUCUUAUUUAUUAUUAGUAAACCUGAAUGCUGUACCCCCCUUAUUAUUUUUUUCAGCUAGCAUACAAUAAGGUUAUUUAAUAUGAAAUCAAUAUUUGUGCAAUUAAAUAUUUUUCUUCUCACAGUGCAUGGUUACUUAUUAUUUUUUCAAUAACAACAAAGGGAUUUUACGCCAUUUUUUAUCAGAUAUUGUGGUACAUAAAUAAAUAUGGUUUCUUUUUUUUUCCUUUGUAUUGGUAUUGUAUUAGUUUCUCACCCUAUUUUUAACUUCUCACCCUAUUCUUAACAGAAUGGGAUGUCGAUGUUUUUGGGAUUCUGAUACAGACAAUUAUGCACAAGACAUAUUUAUGAAUGUGAGUAGAUUCAAUGUUUAGUGUGUGAUCAUUUUUUUAAUAGUAUGUGAUGGUUAGUGUAUAAUAAUGUAAUAAUGUAUCCAGAUGGACUUACAGAAAAAAUAACCACAUGCACAAUUUUUAUUCUGUCUUGAAAAUGUGGCCUUGGGAUAGAGUGACAAUGCAGUAGCUUUGUUUAAGGCGAUUUUGUUAAAUAUUUAUAAUCUCUUUAUUUUUAUUUUGCUUAAAGCUUCUUAUAACUUACUACAAAACCUCUAAUUCCAGAGAAACAACUUUUUUGUGCUGCAGAUCUUUUAUUCAGCACAUGAAAAUGAUUUGGCUGUAUAAAUACUAAUAUUUUAUAGAGGACUGGGGCAAAAUGCUAUUACUCUCUUUUCCAUAACUGUGAACUCAAUAACAAUUAAUAUUUAUUUGCUGGUUUUUUGUUUUUUUUGUUUUAUAUACUGAUUCAGGUGUCAUUUCUUCCUUCUAAACCAAAAUAAAAGUUGACAAUGAGCUUUGAAUUUAGUUAUUGUUUUAUUGUGAACAUUAUCAUUUUUUUUUGUUUUGUACCAGAAUUGACAUACUUCCAAAUUGAGAUAAAAAUUAUUUUAGAAAAUAGUUAAUUUUUCUAAUUUUAAUAAUUAUUAAUUAUGGGAUCUGUCCUCAAACUGCUUUUCAAUGAAGUUAAAACAAUUUUUUUGCAUGUCAUUUUCCUCUAAAUGUCUUCAUUUUCUUUUUUUUUUACAGGAAUCUCUCUUCUGUGUUGCUGCAGCUUAUGGUGUUUUCAAGUAUUAAAUUGAAUUUUAAAGUCAUUUUUGCAAAACACAAGAAACAGAAUAGUGAUUUGUUAUUUAUAUAUGAAACUCUUAUGUGAAUAAACCAUGCAUAGAGACGUAACAGGAUUGGAGUGUAUUCUCUACAAAAAAACAUUCUUUCAAAGCAACUGUUAACUACUUAAUGCAAUGUUAAGAAAACUAUUAAAAUUUGUUUAUAAUAAAUUUUGAUUUCAUGAUUUUUAAAUCCAGUAUGACUGGUUUAUUUAAUUGUCAUUUGUCAUUUGUAUAUGUUAUAUUAUUAGUAAUAUGGUGCAUGGUUAAAAAAAUGAUAAUAACUGAAAAUCUGUAAUGCCAUUUACCAAAAUAUUAGUUACAAAUGCUUGGUACAACAGAUCCAGACAAAAAUGACAAGAAAUAAAAUAUGAUGAGGACAAACAUGUUAUGUAUGACAGUGGGGAAACAAAUGAUGAGUAAAAGGAGGAG